AACUGAGAAAGGUGUCUUCUCAAUGUCAGAUUAUUUUAAUAGAAUCUGGUGGAAACCGCUUUUCUGAUCUAUUACCGAAAAAAAAUUAUUUUUGCCUAGCUCUGCCAAAACUUCAUUUAUAUCAGGGAUUGGGUAGCGAUCGGCUAUUGUGAGUGAGUUAAGCUUUCUAAAAUGUAUUACUAACCUGUGUUUUUUAUCCGUUUUUUGAACGAUCCAAAUGGGGGAAUUUUAUGGGGAACGGCGUUAUAGCCUUGACAGACGGCAGCGUUAACCCUGAUUAACUGCGCCCUUAAUCAGAUCCAAAUUUAUAGGUGACAGACAGCAGCAAAGCGAGUUACCGAACAGCUGAUUGGCAUAUUAAUAACAUUUUCAAUUUUAUAAAACAAAAAUGGAUAGAAGACAAGCAUUGCGAUUGUUAGCCGCACAGAUGAUGCAAAACCACAAUUUGGUAAACAAAAGAAUAAAUACAUUACUAGUGAAUCUGCUUCAAAAGAUUAAAACGAUGAAUGAAUUGACAAAAGCGAUACUGGAAACUAGUACCAAAGUGGCAUCUUCGGAAAUAAGGGAAAGAAGCGCCUGGAUAUUUGACCGCAAUGGCAGUUUUUGGGAGUACGAUGUCGAAAAGAUGGAUGACAUCCGAUUUAAAGAAAACUUUCGUCUAAACAAGGAAGCUUUUCACAAAAUAUGUGAAAAGGUUAAGGAAAUCGGAAAGUCCAACAGCAACAUGCGAUUUUGCAUUCCACUUCAGAAAAGAGUGGCUAUUGCGUUGUAUGCGUUAGGUUCUUCAGCGGAAUACAGAACUGUAGCAAGUUUAUUUGGCGUAGGACGCACCACAGUUGGGGAAAUAGUUGUGGAUUUUUGCAAAGCUGUGUGCACAACUUUAUCAGAUUGCAUCAAUUCCUAUCCCCCAAGCACAGAAGAAGUAGAGCGAAAUGUACAAGGUUUUGCACACCUUGGUUUUCCGCAAUGUUUUGGAGCAAUAGAUGGCUGCCACAUUGAGGUUCAGCCGAAAAAGGAAGAUGCGAUCGAUUAUUACAAUUAUAAGGGGUGGUAUUCGGUUGUUCUGCUGGCAAGUUGCGACUAUAGAUCAAAAUUUACAUAUAUACAUGUUGGGUCAACUGAAAGAAACAACGAUUCGUACAUUUUUGAAAGUAGUUCCUUAAAAAAAUUCCAUGAAACCGCCGAUAUUUUUGCUCAGAGCAUCAAAAUGAUUGGAGAUGUUAAUGUCCCCGUAUUACUUAUUGGCGAUUCAACCUUUCGAUUGUCGCGUUACAUGAUGAAGCCUUUUCCAUACUCACCAAAUCAACCAGUGUUAGAAAAAACAUUUAACUAUCGUUUAUCCAAAUGUCGCAGAGUUAUAGAGAAUGCUUUCGGUCAACUAAAAGCCCGAUUUAGAAAAAUAGGCAGAGGUUUACCGGUAGCUCCAAAAAACGUUAACGUUAUUAUACAUGAAUGCUGUAUUUUGCACAAUUUUCUAAAAAUUGAAAAUGAUGAAAUUCCAUCUUCGUGGAUCCAAGAUGCUGCAGAAAUAAGUACAGAAAUUCAACCACACCACACUACAAGAGCUGGGGAAAAUGAUGUAACAGCAUCGGCUAUUAGAAAUGCAAUAGCUCUGAGUUUUCGUGAGUAUAGAUGUAUAGAGUAGCAGAAAACAAAUAUUAGUACAAAUAAUUACAAAC